AUGCUCGCUCGUCUCUUCGCUCUGGGCUUCCUCGGGUCUCUCGGCGGCUUUCUCCUCUUCAUCGGGUUGUCUUGCCUGCCAGCGUCGGAAGCGAUGGCCUUGUAUGCCACGUCACCUUUUUGGGCGAUGCUCAUCGACUGGCUGAACUUGAGGGACCGGGUGAAGAAAGUCUCUCUUGCUGCUCUUGUCUGCUGCUUCCUCGGAAUCUGCUUCCUCGCGCAGCAGCCCUCUCCGACGAGUGAUGCAGCUGGAGAGGAGCUGGUGGUGAGCAGAGGUGAAGCUGCUCUCCUCACUCUCGCAUCCGCUUUACUCGUUGGCUUCAUCGCUCCGACGAUCCGCAGCAUCGCAGCAGACAUUUCAGCGCCGUCCCUCGUAUUCUGGUUGGGCCUGCCUGGCAUCCUCUUCCUCCUCCUCCUCCAACUCGUUCUCAAUGAGAAGGUUGAGCUGCUGCUCUCCUUCACAACACAAGUUCUUCUCGGGCCUCGGGUCAGCUGGCAACUGAUAUUCAUGUCUCACUUCGACGGAUGUCAGGAGGCUUGUCUGGUCAUCGUUGUUGUAAGUUCCUUCAGCAGCCAACUUACUUUGAGUAGAAGUUCUUGGCAGCGCGAAAACUCAGCAGUGGUCAUUAUGCUUCACAUGUCUCUUCUAGUUUCCUUCCAAUGGAUAUACGAGGAGCUCAACUACAAGGCCCAGGCAGGGCCCGAGCAGAAGCUAGGCCUCAUGCUGAUUCUCCUCGCCAACGCGACGCUGGUAGCUGAGAGACUUUCUUCUCCGCUAGAGUCGCUUCCGCCCUCGGAUCCCUCUCAACGUCCGUUGCUCGAGGACGCGUGCGAAGGAGAGUAUGAGGAUGUGGAGAGCUUGUAG